AUGUUUUCCCUGGCAGUAGGAGCAUUGCUACUAACUCAGGCUUUUGGAUAUAGUAACCCAGCAAUCUCUCAGCUUAAUGGAGAUCUUCAUAGCAACAAGAUCAGCGCUGAAAGUGCUAUACUCAAUCUAGCAGAUUAUCUCGACAUCGAUGAAGAUUAUCGUUUGGAACCAGAUACUGUUCUGCUGCCUGAAUUACAGAGAUCCCCCAUUGAUGAUGAGUUGGUGAUAAUAAUUAGUGGCGUUGAUGACUAUGCAGACAUCUUACCCUUGCAAUCAUCUGUUGAUGUUGGAUCCGGUGAGAUUUCCACCUUUAUACAGUUCGUCAAUGGUAUCUCCAAUAAAUUUGAUGAAACUGUUUCUAGAUUGAUUAAGCAAGACGUUGCUAAGAGAGACAGUGUGAUUAAUCAUGACCUUAAUGGGUUAAAGCAUGUGUUGGCAUCAAACGCCAAUGCUAUUUUCCGAGUGGACGCUUUGUCUGACUUUGCUCGCACUGCUGGUGUUGACUCUGAGUCUUAUAAGGCUGCCAAGGAAGCCAUUACCAAUGUUCUCCGUUCUACUGGCAGAGAAGUUUUGGUUGUCACCACACCCCCAUUUGAUUUUGCUCAAGAGAUAACCAAAAGGGAAGUUAAGGGUACCUUCAAUUCGUUCUCAUGUUUCAAAACCCAAGAUGCCUGUAUACAAAAUACCAACACUUGUAGUAACCAUGGAAUAUGUUCUAAAGUUGGGGAUUGCUACAAAUGUCUUUGCACUCCAAGUAAGGAUGCCAAAGGUUCUACCAUUAGCUGGUCUGGUUUCAACUGUGCAAAGAAAGACUACGCCGUAGAAUUCAAUCUUUUCCUUUGGUCAGGAAUCAUAUUGGUAGCUCUGUUGGUAGCAGGAGUUAAGUUGCUGAUAUCAAUUGGUAACGAGCCUAUGCCAGGUGUUCUGCUUGCCGCCACCUCAGCCAAGAAAGCUAAUUAA